UCUUCGCCUACGUAGGGCCCGGAAGCUUCCAGCUCCUCGAGCAUGAUAAUAGAUAUGUUCCUCUUAGCUGCCAUCAUCGGUCUCUUGACCUACUGGUUUUUCUUCCGCAAGAAAAAAGAGGAGGUCCCGGAUUUUGCCAAAAUCCAGCCAGCAGUAACACAAUCGACCAAUGAGGGCAGCUUUAUUGAAAAAAUGAAAAAGACGGGCAGAAACAUAGUGGUUUUCUAUGGCUCCCAGACAGGGACCGGUGAAGAGUUUGCCAACCGCCUGGCCAAAGACGCCCAUCGGUAUGGCAUGCGGGGCAUGUCCGCUGACCCGGAGGAGUACGACUUGUCCGACCUGAGUCGCCUUACUGAGAUCGAGAAGGCUCUGGCGGUCUUCUGCAUGGCCACCUACGGGGAGGGAGACCCAACGGACAACGCCCAAGACUUCUACGACUGGCUGCAGGAGACGGACGCCAACCUCUCCGGCAUCAAAUUCGCAGUAUUUGGACUUGGGAACAAAACAUACGAACAUUUCAACGCCAUGGGGAAAUACGUGGACAAGCGACUGGAGGAGCUUGGCGCCCAGCGGAUUUUUGAGCUCGGCCUAGGAGACGACGACGGGAACCUGGAAGAGGAUUUCAUCACGUGGCGUGAGCAGUUCUGGCCGGCGGUGUGCGAGCACUUUGGUGUGGAGGCCACAGGAGAUGAAUCCAGCAUACGUCAAUAUGAACUGGUUAUCUACGAGGACAUCAACAUGAACAAGGUUUAUUCGGGAGAAAUGGGCCGUCUCAAGAGCUAUGAGAGUCAGAAGCCGCCGUUUGAUGCCAAAAACCCCUUCUUGGCCCCGGUUUCCGUGAACCGGAAGCUAAAUCAAGGGGGUGAUAGGCACUUCAUGCACCUGGAGCUGGACAUCACCGGUUCCAAAAUCCGGUAUGAGUCUGGAGACCACAUUGCUGUGUACCCAGCCAACGAGGCUUCACUAGUGAACCAGCUUGGAGAAAUCCUCGGGGCAAAUCUGGAUACGGUCAUCUCCUUAAACAAUCUAGAUGAGGAAUCCAACAAGAAGCACCCGUUCCCUUGCCCCACCUCCUACCGGUCCGCGCUGACCUACUACCUGGACAUCACCAACCCGCCCCGCACCAACGUCCUCUACGAGCUGGCGCAGUACGCCACGGACGCCAACGAGCAGGAGAACAUGCGCAAGAUGGCCUCCUCCUCUGCGGAAGGCAAGGCACUGUACCUCAGCUGGGUCGUCGAGGCCCGGAGGAACAUCCUGGCCAUCCUGCAAGACACUCCCUCGCUGCGCCCUCCCAUCGACCACCUCUGUGAACUGCUGCCCCGUUUGCAGGCUCGCUACUACUCCAUCGCUUCAACCUCCAAGGUGCAACCAAACUCCGUCCACAUCUGUGCCGUCUUGGUGGAGUAUGAAACCAAGACGGGCCGGGUGAACAAAGGCGUGGCCACCAGCUGGCUGAAGACCAAGCAUCCCAACGAGAACGGGCACAAGUCCACGGUGCCCAUGUACGUCCGGAAAUCGCAGUUCCGGCUGCCUUUCAAAUCCACCACUCCUGUCGUCAUGAUUGGGCCAGGGACCGGCAUAGCACCCUUCAUUGGGUUCAUCCAGGAGCGAGGGUGGCUCAAGCAGCAAGGCAAGGAGGUGGGCGAGACGGUGCUCUACUACGGAUGCCGGCACGAGAAUGAGGACUACCUCUACAAGGACGAGCUGGCAAAAUUCCUCAAGGAGGGAGCCUUGACUGAGCUGCACGUGGCUUUCUCAAGAGACCAACCGCAGAAGAUUUACGUUCAGCACUUACUGAAGAAGAACAAGGAGAGCAUGUGGAAACUGAUCCAUGAAGGAAACUGCCACAUAUACGUGUGUGGCGACGCCCGCAACAUGGCUCGGGACGUCCAGAACACCUUCUAUGAGAUCGUGGCCGAGUUUGGCAAGAUGAACCAGCAGCAGGCCGUGGACUACGUCAAGAAGCUGAUGACCAAAGGCCGCUACUCCUUGGACAUCUGGAGUUAGGGGGGAGGGCACGAGCAGGGCUGUCUGGG